AUGGCCACAGGGUUACUUCCCAUCAUUUUACUCUGUGCUGCUGUAGCUGGAGCUUCAGAUAGAUCCUCAGAGAAGUUAAGUUAUGGACCUUCGUGUUUUGCAGAAUGUGCAGGACACAGCUCAUCUUACUUCCCCAGAAGAGCUAGAUACAGCUACAGGUAUUCAACAGUCACCAGCACAUUCCUGCAGGGAAAUAGUUACAAAAGCAGUGGCAUCGCUCUGGAGAGCACAGUGAUGGUUGAAGUAUUGGGGAAUUGCCAGAUGGUUUUGAAAUUCUGCUGGGGAAAAUCUGAAUCUAAUGUCAUAAAUUCACCUGCACUCUUUGAAGCAGGAAAUGAUAAACUCUUUUGUUGCAGGGAAAUACUAGAACAGCAUCCUCUUCAUUUUUCCUUCCAUGAUGGGAAAGUUCUGAAGCUCUGUCCUGUGAGGAGUGAACAGACCUGGGCACUGAACAUCAAGCGAGGCAUUCUCAGUGUCCUGCAGACAGUGCCAGAAUUCUCUGCUGGUGCUGUUGUUGAGGAGGUGGAUGUCCUGGGAAUAUGCCCAACCAGGUAUCAGCGAAAGGGUCCCAUUCUUGUAAAGUCAAGGGACCUGAACCUCUGCUCCCAUCGCUCUUCUGGUUUGACUUCUCUGCAAUUUGUUGUUCUUCCUCAUGUGUCAUCUGAACAGCAGGUUCUGUCCUCCCAGCUGGAAUGUGUCCAGAGCAUUAGGGAUGGGGUCCUGGAGGAGGCCAAAUGUACCGAGUCCGACCGCAUGACGCUGUUCCCUCAGCAGGGCAGUGGGGCCGAGACACAGACACGGUCUGCACUCAAACUCUUGCAAGUGGAAACAGAGACACUCUGCAAUAAAUGGGACUCUGAUGAUCUGUAUGUGACCGACAUUCUCUAUGAAAGGGAAGUAACCAAGAGGGAGGUCACUGGAGCAGAAGUGACUGAACUGGUGUGGAAGCUUUGCUUAGCACACAGUGCAAGUUAUGAGACUGCAGACCUUUUCAUGACUCUUGUGUUUGAGCUUCGACACCUUUCUCUUGAGGCCUUAAGAGCGCUAUGGCAAAGAUCAUCAUUUAAGUGCAGAGACAAUUGGCAGCCAUUAAUAGAUGCUCUCCCAUCUUGUGCCACAGAGGCAUGUGUUGUCCUAAUGAAAGACCUCAUAACUUCCGGAGAAGUGGAGGAAGACAAAGUAGAAUAUUUCUUCUGGUCAUUUACAUUCAUUCCUAAUCCCACCUCAGGCAUGAUUGAAUCUCUUGCUCCUUUGCUGAAGUCACCUAAAGCAAGCCAGAGCUGCUUCUUGGGAGUAACUGCUCUCAUACAUAGGUUUUGUUCAGCUCACAGCUCCUGUGGUGUUGUACCUGCUGUGCAGGGUGUGAUGAGUACACUUGGGAAAUUUUUGGGAGGAAACUGUACCGUGCAAGAUUCAGAACAUCUCAGCAAGAUGCAGCUGGUGUUGAAAGCCAUUGGAAAUGCGGGACUGGCGGCAGCUUCACUGGCUCCUGCUUUGAGCUCGUGCGCUGCCCUGAAGAGCCAUCCCGUGGAGAUCCGCCUCGCUGCUGUCCAGGCCUUCCGGCGCAUUCCCUGCUCUGCUGGGACUGCUAUAUUAGUUCAGCUGUAUCAAGCAUCCAGUGAAGAUGUGGAAAUAAGAAUUGCUGCUUAUUAUAUAGCAAUGAAAUGUCCAAAUGAAGAGUUAUUUAAACAAGUACAAAAAACUUUGCUGAAAGAAACCUCCAGUCAAGUGGGCUCCUUUGUUUGGAGUCAUCUCUCUCAGCUCUUGGAGACAGAUGACCCAUUGAAGGAGCACCUUCGAGAUUCUAUUCCUGAUGAAAUCCUUAGCAAAGAUUUUGACUGGGAGACAUGGAAAUACUCCUCAUACUCUGAUGUCACAUUUCAUUCAGCUGGUGCAGGUGCAAAUAUGGAAGCAUCAGUGGUCUUUUCUCCUACAUCUUUUUUGCCACGAUCAGUCAUGACAAAUUUGACUGUUCACUUCAUGGGACAGGCUAUAAAUCUCCUGGAGGUUGGUGUACGAUUGGAGAAUGCUGAAACUCUCAUAGAGAAGGGUUUUGGGCCGAAAUCUUCUACUUUCAGUGACUAUUUUUUUGGAAACACUGAUGAAGCAAGCCACAAGUCAGAAACUCCAGUGGAAACAGCAGAGAAAAUCAAGCAGAGGAACCCAACUUUGAAGCAAUAUAGCCCCACUGAUCAUCUUGUGAGCAAAUCUGGCAAGCCAAAGCUGAGAAAAACAAACCAAAAUUGUCUUGGUAGAAAAUACAGCAAGAUGAAUGAGUUAGUCAAGAAGUUCACUGAGAGAACAGUAAGAAAGGAGGCACUGAAAUGUGAACUAAGCAUUAAAAUCUUUGGAAAUGAACUUAGCUUCUUAGAUUGUGAAGAUUUAAGAAAACAAAUGAAACAUUAUUCCUUAAAUCUGGCUGAGUUGGCCGUUAAACUUCUGAAGGGGCAGGAGGUCCAGUUUAAUAAAAGGAUGAACUUGGCAACUGAAGAACUGCAGUUUCCAGCAAUUUCAGGCUUUUCUGUUCAACUGGCAGUCAAUGCCUCAGCAGCAAUCAACAUAAAAAUCAAAGGGAAUGCCGAUUUCAAACAACAGUCUGAUUUCUUUCUAAAUGGAUACAUCAAGCCAAGUGCAUUUGUUCAGCUUUCUGUCCAAAUGGGAAUUGUGGGGACUCUGGGACAAGCUGGCCUAAAGUGGUUAACAGGAAUGAGGACAUCUACUAGUCUUGAUGGGGGAAUCCAGGUGAAGGAAGGGAAAGAACUCAAGGUUUUCUUGAACACUCCAGAAGAAUCUAUGCAGAUAAUUAAUUUCAGCUCUAAACUCCAUUUCAGAAUAGUGGAUGAGACAGAAGAUACAGAUGUCUUCCAAGGCCACACAGAAACCAGAUCUUGCACUAGGGAAGAAGCACUAGUGUCUGAGAUUAUUGGCUGGCAGCUGUGUUCUGAAAUGUCCUAUCCUGACCCAGCCAGUGGUUUGGUUUUGCCCCUCACUGGACCUUUGCUAGUGGCUGUGACAUUAACUAAGCAAGACAGAGGCCUGCAGCAGUACGUGGUGGAAGCUGCCUAUAACUACAUAGCUCAGGAGAAUUCAUGGAUCCCUAGUGAAGCUGUCUUUCACUUCUUCCUUGGGACUCCAAAAUCAGACUUGAAGAGAGAAGUUGGUGUUGACCUAAGUUUUAGUGUCCCACAGAAGAAAUUCAGAAUCCAAUUUAUACAACCUAAGAAAAAAAUUGAGAUUGAUGGGAGGAUUGAGUUUUCUAAAAAUUCCCGAGUUGGACACCUGGAACUGAUAGUGGAUGACCGAGAUGUGUAUUACAUUAAGGGAAUGGCAGAUUUGCAGAUGCUGAGUGGAGAGCAGAGAUACAUGACCCAGCUGGAGGUAAAGCUGAUAAAGCAAAGCAGUCCUAUAAUUUUGUCAGGAAACAUCACUAAACAGCUUGGCAAGAAGAUAGCUGUUUCAGUAUCUCUGAAUAAUUUGUUGAAGGAUGCUGCAUUUCUUUCAGCACUUCUGGAAAAAAAGGCUGAUGAUAAGCUGAGACAAUACUCGUUGGAAGGGGAGACCCACCUUCCAGGUGUUCUUGGAGUUCAUGCCAUCGCUCUUCUCCAGCAGCAUGAGGGAUUGUGGUCUCAUGGUCUGCAGAUAAAAUAUGGACUCUUAGGAGAGGCUAAAACCCCUUGCCACGAGUGCAGUACUCAGCAGAAAGUUCAGGUGGAGGCGGGCGCACGGGGCUCCUACAGACUGGAGCUGGGCCAUGAGUUUCACUGUGUGCAGGCUCCCACCUACAGCCACCAGGUUCACCUGAAACAUGAAGUAACUGCAUCUUGGAUUUCCUCCCAGAUUGAAGUGAACUAUGGGAAACAUUGGGAUGAAAUAAACAACAAGAAGAAACUGCUGAUCAGCCAAGUCUUUAAGAACAGUUCCAGUUCAUCUGUAGUCAGCUAUUUCAUGGAGUUUACCAUGCAAGUCCUGGAAAAACAGGUGAAUUAUAGAACCCAGCUGCAGCACUUGCACACCUCUCAGGUGUAUUUGCAGAGCAGCACCAACUUUGAGGUGCAGUAUAAUGACCAUCUACCAUUUGUGGCUAGGCUGCAGUGGAAGGAUGCAUCCAGAAAUGGCCUGAAGAAGUGGGAAGGUGGGUUCAAUAUAGACACCCCAUGGCUCUAUCUGUACACAGCUCACAAACUGCACCAGCCUCAGUAUUCUACUUAUUUACUGACAUCCCAGCUGACAGCUGGAAAAACCCUCUCCAUUAAAGACCUUGUACUGGAACUAUUCUAUAAAGAUCAAGGCAAUGAGAAGGAAGGAAAAGUUCACAUUUACACACCAGCUACUACAUACCUGCAGGCAUCCACAGUUAAUCAUUUUGGGAGGAAUGUUCUGCACAGCUAUAGUGAGAUGAUCUCUUUGUGGAAUCAGCUUGUGAAGAAUGAGAUUCAUUUGGAGAAUAACGAAAAAGCCAAACUUCUCUGCUUUAAGAUAAAGAGUACAAAACAGGAAUUUAACUUCACAGCCAGCUAUCAAAAUCUGCCAACGCCUAAGAAGACAAACUUUUCUGUGAAGAUUGUGUGGAGAGAUUAUAAAAGUCUGCCUGUUAUACUGCACUGUGAAGGUCAGAUAAAAGAGCUGAGGAAGGAGAAGAUGCUGUAUCAAAAACGUGCAAUCCUCUAUUUCAGGCAUCCUUUUAAAGUACCUUUUCUUCAGAGCUUUCUUCUGCAGGAGACAUUUACUGUUGACAAAAAGCAAAAGCACUAUUUAAUGGAAACAAAAGUUUUGAUAAAUGGGGUGGAGGAAACUGUUCAGACUCUUAUACUUGGUUACCAACCUGAAAACCCCUAUAUUUGCGCUGGUUUAACUCAUCCUUAUAACUACAGGACAUUUCCCAAAGAUGUUGAAAUGUGCAUUUUAACUCUAAGUCAUCAAAAUGUGAAGCAUGAGCUUGAGACUGUCUUAAAGGUGAAUAAGGAAGAUGUUCUCAGUUUUCUAGGGAGGUAUCAGGACAAAUCCAGUGAGGCAGAUUUUAGACAUCUUUUACACAUGGAUGUGACACACUCGUUCCAGUUUGAGUUUCCACACGCAAUGGGCCUAAGUGGGGAGCUGUUCUCCAGGCAGACUAAACUGGAACACUUUGACUGCGGUGUGAGUGUAAAAGUCAUCAUUAACAAGAACACGUCUUCACAGGCCCAGGCAGCCCUGAAGAGUUAUGGUGAAAACAAUGUCAAUGGCUCCCUUCACCUUCAUUCCAAUGGAAAGGAAAUGCUGAUGCUGGAGGUUGAUAUGAACAACGAAAAGAGGAGGAAUGCCAGAAUUGUUGAACUGAGGGCUUUUCUCCAUCAGACUGUCCUGACAAAUCCAGAAUCAGUACAGUUCCAGCUCAUGGGCAAAAUAUUUCCAUCAAGAUUUCUGUUGUCUUCUGAUGUGAAGCUUAAUGAAAAUAGGCUUCACAUGGAUUUCAUGGGAGCCAGGGAGCAGAAAGUUGGUUUUGUUUUGUCCCUAAAUGGAAGAGUCCAACACACUUUUACUGGAUUAAAGGCCAUACCUCAUCUCCUUUCUCUGGAUGGAUUACUGAAGUGCAAAAACAACAUUCACGAUGGUAACAUCAAUGUGAUGGUCAACAAAAGACUGUAUGGACUGCAUGUCAGGAACAGGAAUGUGUUUGGGAAUACCACUGUGCACAAUAUCACUGUUGCCAUCGUCCAGAAUGGCAGUCAGGCAAUCCCAGGGGAGGCAAGACUGAAAGGACACCUGGAACUGAGUAAAGAGAAGAAAGUGGGGCUAGUUAGCUUCCAGGUGGAUGAGAAGGCUCUUUCUGUAGAUUUUUUAAAUAUCAUGGACAAUGGGCACGGCAGAGUCAGUGGGACUUUCACACAUAAUGUCGACUUUUUAAAAAAUGCAGGAUUGCCUUUGGAUAGCAUUCUUAGUGCCACACGUGAGCAUGGCACAGGAAAUCACACCAUUGCCAUAGCCCUGCAGAGUGGCAGUGAGAGGAUUGUUGCUGUGUUCGAGGGGCACAGACUGGCCACAGAGCCUCCAACAUUCCAGCUAUUUGUGAGCUUAAAGCACAACAUCUCAAAGAUAAAGAAACAUGGGUUCCCUUUUGUUUUAGAAGCUGCUGGCUAUUAUGAGAAUUUCUCCAAAAAGAUUGCUGCAGGGAUAACAACCACAGUGGAGACAGAGCAGCUCAAGAUUGAAAUAGAGAAGAAAAUCACUGGCACUGCUAUGGAAGUUUCUCUUUUACUUCGCCAUGAUGUGGAAGGACUAAUGGACAUUGUUCCACAUGUACUAGAGGUUUGCAGAAAUCCUGCCAUAUAUUGUGAUGUAUUUAGUGCAGUAAACACUAAACUGUUUAUCUUUUUGAAAUGGAGCUCUAACCUUAAAUCUAUGUUUUGGUGCCUUCAUCCAUUUGAUCCUACUCCAGCGAGAGUUUCACUGAAUGGGUCAAUAUUUACCAGCAACUUUACUGUCAUCCUCUUUGGACAUGUUUCUCUUCAUGAUAUAUUUGCCUGCCUGCAACUCUACGCCACCAGUAACACCCAUCCUCAUUUAGAAAUCAACUUCCAGCAUUCUUUGCCUUUACUUCAGUCUCUGGGAAUUGCCAGAGAGAACCAGCUGAAGGUGUUAGCCAUGAGAAGUGACAAGUACAAGGGCAUCCUUGGUAUUGUCGUUGGGCCUUGCACUUUGGAAGCUGAUGGGGAAGUGAGCCUGGCAGGCAAUGAGACAGGAUGGGUACUUGCUUUUAGAAACAAGUGUGUCAGUCUAGAGAGGAUGGGAUUGCCUCGUGCUGCAGUCUUGGGGGGCUCAUUUCAACAGAACAUCUGCAAUGUGGGCUUGUUAAUGAACCUGCAGUGUGAUGGCAGAGCAGUCGAUGUGCAGAUAGACACCUCCUGUCAGCAUGAAUAUACGCUCCAAGGGAUGCUCAGGCAUUCAUUUCCCUGGCUCAGCCAGCUUGGGUUGCCUUUUGAAAACUCAGUCCUGUUCUCUGCAGCCACAGACUCCACCACAGAAGUCAUUCUCCUGCUGCAGGCUGGCAGAUGCAGACUGAAGGCUAGAGGGGAUCUCUGUGUUCAGAAUAAAGCUGACUGGACACUGGAAACAGAAACAGAAUGUCAGCUUCUGCAGGAUCUCAGUUUCCCAACUCAGUCACGGCUCACAGGAUCCAUUCAGAAAGACAAGUGCCAGGCAGAGUUGCUCUCUGUCCUGGAAACAGAAGGCAAAACUGCCCAUCUUGAAGUGAGAGCAGAGUGCAAGCCAAAGAUGGCUCUGGAGAUUCAAUUCAGGCAUGACCUCCCCCAGCUGAAGGAAAUCCCGAGGGAAAAUAAGCUGUCCAUCAGUGCACGGAAACACUUAAAGUAUCUUCUUGGAGCUGGAAUGAAACUGGGUGCCUGUGAGCUUCGGAUGAAUGGGGACUUUGACCCUGAAAAGAACCUGCAGUGGAAAAUGCUUAUAGAAAACAAAUGCCAAACAAUUCAGGAUCUUGGAGCACCAAUAAAAAUUGAUGGCUCAGGCUAUCUUUUGAUGGAUAAGAUGAACCUAGAUUCACAGACACUGAUCACUGUUGAUGAAAGUAAAUUCCGAGGACUCUUUAUACUAAAAGUCACUGACGAAAGGCAAGAGCUGGAUGUGGUGCUAACCCAUAACAUCCAAGGAGCUGCUGACAUUGGCAUUCCUAUGAGGAUGUUACUUGAUGUGGCAUCAGAAAAAAACAGUGACUUCUAUAAAGGAUUUAUUAAUUUCUGUGUGAACAACAAGCAAAUUACAGAAGAACUGAACUUUGUCAAGAAGUUGGAUGUUGUGUCUCUUAACUACAAACUUAUUCAUAACAUAGACACAUUAAAGACUUUGCAAAUAAAAGACAGGAUUGAGUUGCAGAUAGAUAUGGUUUUUCAAGGGAGAAACACUACUCAAGAGAGAUAUGUGCACAUUGCAGCUGGAGAAACAUCAAUCACAUACAUAAUAAACUCAUAUUAUGUUGGCCACCAAGUGGAUCUCUUCUGCCAGAGCGUGCACAGCAGCGAGGUCCUCCAGGCAUCUGGCUACCCUAAGGCAAUCAACUUGAUUUUCAGUUUACAGAAAUCAGAAAACAAAGCCAAGACUGUCUGUGAAAUCCAAUACGAUGAGAAAGAUAUAACUGUGACUGUGGAUGUUGACACAGACUUUGAACUCUUUGGUGUAUUUGUGUUCGUGGCAGAGGUGAAGCAUUCAAUAUCACUUCUCCAUCACCUGGGACUUCCCUUCUUUCUUAAGAUGACAGUUCAAGAAGUCAUGACUGAAAAUGAAACUGAAGGUGCUCUGAGGCUGACCUAUGAACAAAACAAAAACUUCUCCUUUUCCAUCAGUAGGAAAAAAGACCAGCAAGGAUGGGAACUUGAAAAGGUAAAUUAUGAUAUGAGUGAAGCAAAAGGCAAACUCUACCUCAGGAUGGAAAAAAGGGAUUUCAAUGUUUCAGCAAAGCUAACUUUGACUGGAAGCAGCUACACUAAUGCCAUUGAAGUGUCACAGACCAUGGCCCAGUUAAAAUUUUUUCCAAGGCAACUUGUGUUGAUGACAAUUUACCAAAAAGGCAACAGAACUCAUCUGCUGAGGCACAUUGCCCUGUGGGAUGGCAGAGAGAUAAAGCUAACAGGCACUUACACUGGACUCUUGCCAAAGCUGCCUGGAGGUCAUGGCAUUCAGGUGGAACUUCUCCAUCCUCUCUCCAUCCCUUUUCCACGGCAUGCCUGGGCCAACUUAUAUGUGAAACAUUCAGCACGCAGUCACCAGGAUGUUCUUACCGUCAUUUGGAACGAGAAGGACAAGAUAUCAGUGUCAUCUUCUCUGAAGAUUGGAAGACACCGGACAAGCUACAGAGCCACUGUUGCCCACCCAUUUAAUUACACUCUGAAGCAACUGGAGGUGCAUUCCCUGUCAGAAAGAAGGGGCAGAAAGUACAACCAGCAGUCUUGCUGCUGGACAAUCCUUCUCUGCUUUCAGCUGCAGGUCUCAGGGAAUGCUGGGCAGCCUGCUCACCUCCGGCUGGGGCUGGAGGAUAAAUCCAAGAUGGACAUCACUGCCUGGGGUGGCUGUGUGACACUCUCUGCAGGCCAGUUUCAGAGAAUAUUAAGCAUGGAACACCUGCAUGCAUGUGGGUCUCUAGAGCAAAGACCAGCGUUGUUUAAUGAAUACCUAGAUCUGAACUGGGAUGACAAAAAAUUCAAACACAAUUUCACAUAUGAGGUAAGAGAAGGCAGUUAUCUUGCUGUCAUCUUUUGUUUUCUUGGUUCAUUGCAGAGAAAUCAACUCUUGUAUCCUGAUAAGUUUCAGUUAGAAGCUGUUCUGGAAAAUAUUUUCCUGACCCCAUGUGCCAAACAGCAGAUUCUGGGUAAAAUAGAAACAAACUACUACUCUUGCCUGGAUUACUAUACAAGCUUUGCGUUCUGUGACCUUCCAAAUGUAAUUGUUUUAUCUGGAAAGCACCAGCUCAACAAAGAUGACAUCAUUUUGCAGUCAGAGGGCAGAUUCCACCUUGCUGAUCAUGGGAGAGAUGAGGGGUUGAUUGGAAUAUCCAUAAAGAAUCAGAGCACUCCUGAUGUGAAGAACUAUUCUCUGGAAAUUGAAUUAAGAGCCUUUGAAGAUAUUUGGCUAGGCCUGACAGGAACUGCCGCUUCCUCAACUGUCCAGAGCCAAAUCCUGGUGGAGGGGAUUAUUGAUCAGAAAGAGAAAGUAAAAGUAGCUGCUUCCAAAGGAAAGGAGUGUUUUCAGUACUACAUGGGGUAUCUGCAAGGGGAUUUGGAAGAAGGAAUGGAAGUCAGUGCUUGUUCUGAUGGGAAACACAUGGCUGCCAUUAACACCUAUCUCAGCAUCAAUGGUAAAAGGCAGGAAAACGUGGGACAAGUAACUCUAGCAGCUGCUAAUGGAAGUUUGAGUUUUCUGGCGCAUGGAUGUGGGGAUCCAGUUCUUAAGGCUGAGAACAAACUUAAUGAAAUUGGGAGCCUUUUGAAAGCCAUACUGACUGAGAAGAUAAAGAAGUUUGAUGGAUACCUGUGGAGAUUCAGGAGAUCAGUGCAGCAUGUUGGUUUCCUGUCUGAAGCAGCUGGCUGGCCUUCAAUAGCCUUGCAAAGGGCAGCAGGAUUCCUGCAAAGUGGGGUUACAGCUGUCACCCAGGUGUGGAAGCAGAGUGGAAUUGAGCACAUUCUGAGAAGCAGGAUCCCACUUUACUUGGAGAAAAUUCAAGAUGUUGUCCAGCAAAUGCAGAAUGAAUUACAAAAGCCAUUAGCAACUUUGAAAGACGCCUACUAUGAUGUAACCUUGAAGCCACUGGAUGAAGUCUGGAAAGAGAAGACAGAAGAGCACAUGAAGAAAAUCCAGGCUUUCUUACCCAAGAUUGUAAAAGAUGUGUGGCUAAUGGAACCAAUUCAGAUGGCAUUAAAGGUUGUGAAAGCAGGCUUGGAUAUGGCUACACAGCAGGUGCUCAGGUGGGCAGAGGCCAGGUUUUCCAGAGCUGUGAGCAAGAUCCGGAAGCCCUUGCUGAACCUGUACAGUUUUUCACCCAGGAACUGCUCGGUGGCAGGAAAGCUGCCAGUACCACCUAAAGCAGACCUGUCCCUGCAGCUGGCAAAUGUUACCACUUACCUCAUUGGAGAAAAACUAAUGAGGCCUCUGCAAGACCUCUACAAUCUCAACAUACUUGCAGAGUACUACAGAAUCAAACGGAGGAUGAUGGAGAGCCCCUUUGAAUAUCAUGCUAUGUUAGUGGGGACCAAGCAUCUUGUGACUUUUGAUGGAAAAAUGUAUGAUUUGGCAUCUAAGUGCAGUGUACUUCUUGCCAAGGAUUUUGUUCACAGUGCUUUCACUGUAAUACUAAAUGAGGAAACCAGGAACUCAAGAUCACUGUAUGUGGAGAUUAAUCAGACUGUGAUCACUAUCUACCCACGACUAAAGGUAGGAAGAUCAAGUCAAACAUUUUUUAUUUUUGGCAAAAAUUUUCUUCAACUUACAAAUAAAAGUUUUAAAACUAUUAAUGCUCAAAACAUAGAUCAGAAGUACUCUCAGGCAAUGGCUUUAAAAAACUGCAUUUUGAUUUUAAAACAGCUAUCCAAGAUGUAUAACUUCUCCUUUACGGAAGAGAACUGCCAAGUCCUGGAUCAAUCCCUUGAAAACAGUACCAUGAAUUCAAGGCAAGGAACCAACAAAAUAGAAGUAUCUGAUCAGAAAGGAGUUUCUGUCUCUUGUGACUUUCAGUAUGAUGUCUGUACUGUCACUCUGGCUGGGUGGCACCAUGGUGUUUCAGCUGGGCUUUUUGGUACCAAUGAUAACGAAGCUGGAAACGAAUGGAUGGUGCCUAAUGGUUCUUUCACUGACAACGUGCAAGAGUUCACCCAGAGCUGGCAGGUGAAUAAGUGCAGUCUCGUACAGAAGAAAGAGAAGCCAUGCCCAAUUACAGCUAAGCAAAACAUCUGUAAAAUGUUCUUUGAAGAACCACAUUCACUUCUUAGGAACUGCUUCAAAGUUGUGGAGCCUGAGCCAUUCUACACCAUGUGUACACAGGACACCUGUGACUCCCCAGCCUUGGAGGCUGCCUGCAGAUUAGCAGCAGCUUUUGUUCAUUUGUGCAACCGGAAUUUUGUCCCAGUGGAAAUCCCUCCACAGUGCUUGAGCCAGUUCUGAAUGGCAGAUACCAGCCCUGAAGAUGGAAGAACCCUUCCAGUACCCAAAAGGAAACAGUUAUUUUAGGUAGGCAAGCUAGAGGCAAGAACAGGGAAAGAACAGUAGAAGUGUGGAUGCUUUAGUGUUAACUGUGAAGUAUAUAUAGUAUAAAAGGAAAGCUUUCCACCCAGAACCCCUGAGGGCAAGAGGAAUUAUUUCAGUAUAUUGUCAAGAAACUAUAAUCAACCAAAAGAAAUUGGACAGGAAAGUAGCAGUUACUCUAAAAAAAAUUCUCCCAUUCAGGGGCAAAAUUACCUCUCCACAAGUCUUGAACCAUAGCACAAAUACACUGAAAAGCUGAGAAAAGCUCUCUUCCAGCUCAGAUUAGUACAAGUGGACUACUUUGUGAAAGCAGCAUCAUCAGCUUAGAGUCAGCAGAGAUGCCGACUUCUUUUUUCUUCAGAAAUGAAACUCCACUGUUCAGCAGUUCUGGAGAAAGUCAUCUGGGAAGUGCUCCAACACACAAGAAGGCGAAGACAGAAAUAAGAUGGGUAAAUAAUGGAAAGCAGCUAAUAAUUUUCUCGUAUUUGUGCUGAUUUUUCCCUUUUUAAUGUACACACUGUUAAAUGAGAAACAGCCUCCUUAGUUUCUGUGCACCAGUUGCACAUUUUCCCUUUGUGUCUUUAGAAACCCCUGUCAGCAGUCAGUUGCUGUGUUGAGAGAAGGUGACCAAGAUCUACCCUACCCAUGAAGUAACGUUAGGGUGUUACAGCUACUGUUGUGUGAGUGUCUCACCUGUUAAAUCACUUUCUGUAUUGUAGGUCACUUGAUUUAAAAUUUGCAUUACCUUCCUCCACACAGUGCUUGGAAUGCAGCUAUUCCUUGGUAAAAGGUAAUGCUGCAAAUGCAAUGUUUGCAUAAUAUGCAAACAUUGAAAUAAAGAUAUUUCCUACUAUGACACCAUGCUAAUAAACGUUUGACUGCAUUAUUUUUAAGCUGGAGUACAUUUUUAUUGAUUAUUUGUAACAACAAAGUUGCACUGACCUCUAUGGAGAGUUGGCACUGGCUGGGUUUGACUGGCUCACAGAAAAAGCAAACAGCUGCCUCUUAUCUUGUGUAUGCUGUGCUUGCAGCUGCACUUGCUUUCUGAACACUUAUUCUCUAGCUUGAUACUAAUUAAAACAUUAUUCCUACAUUAGUCAGGAAAAAAUCCUGCAAUUUUUAGGAUUCCCACACACCUCAGAUGCUAGAAAUCAAGUCUUCCUGUGUAAUAAUGUUACACCUGCACCCUUGUAAAAAGCCAAAAUUCUAUGAAAUAUUUCUGGAAGUUACAGAAUAUUUACACCAGUUACUGAUUAAAAACCACAUAAUUUUCUCCCCUGUCACUGAGUGUCACUUCACUCCCCAGCUAAGCACACCAAGUACCUCUGAAAAAUAAUCCUGUGGUGACAAUUUCAGAAACAAAGAAAAAUAUCAGCAAGUAGAGGAAAAUACUGAGAAGAGCUCAGUCAGCAAUACAGAAAUACAGGAAUUUAACUUAAAUGCUAAUUGUAUACAGCAACAUAGCUGGAUGCAGACACCAGGUCUCCUCUAAAAGCUGCAUAUAACUUAUCACUUGUACUAAAGAAGCCAUUUAACUACCAAUAAACAUUUUUAACUGCA